UAUAAUGAAAGAGCAAAAAAUGUCGUGGCCUGUCGCGGUUUGAAUUUGCGAAACAAAAAAAUAGAGCAAAUAAAUUUGAGAAAAACGUCCGCUGACUUGGUUUUGGUGUUCCUUUUCAUCAUCUUUUUGGCGCUACUUGGUUUUGCCACCAAAAACCGCAGAUGUGUAGAGAUUUAUUUGAAAAUAACAGCAUAGAGAUUAGCAAAGUGUUAAACCACAACAGCCGCAAUUAACCAGCUCAGCAGCCGAGCAAACAAGCUCGCAAGCCAACAGUCACGAUUUUUACACUGACGCACAUUAAUCAUCGUCGACGGCGGCAGCAUUUAGUGGUUUCAACUUCUUUCGGCUGCAAAGUAAAUCCUCUUUUCCACAAUGUACGCGCCGCAGCGAGUUUGCCUACUCAUUUGACAUACACCAAAUAGGCGUGGUGACGUAAGAAGAACAACAACAAAACCACAGGGCUAGUGCCCUGCUACAAUUUUAGUGGAAUCAGUUCAACCAUUAAUUACCAAGUUAAAGCUUAAAAUCUUGAGCGCAAAGUGAAAAAAGUUGAAAACAUUUGUGAAAAUACAUUUUUUUUUUAUUUUACAUUUUUUCAUCUCUAAGUUUUAUGCAUAUUGCGGUCAAGCUAAGUGAAAACAAAACGAGUGUUCCAUAAACUAAUAAAAAAAGCAACCAUUUUUGGUGAACAAAAUUUUUUUUAUCGAUACCCACAGCUUAGUAAAAUCUACUUGCCGCAUGUGGAUUCCAUCGGUGCUUGUAAUUCUGCCAAAGACGUUGUUGAAGUGGACGACGCCGCAUUGCAAGAGUGCAACUAAAUUUAAAGCGAAAAUCGUCAAACACCGUCAACUGCAAGCAGAAAGCGAAGUAAUAGCCAAAACAACAACAACAACCACAUUAGUAGCAGUCAUUGCGUCAGUUAGUAGCAGUGCUGAAGCCGAAGCAGCAUCAGUAUCAGCAACAGCAACCGCAGCUGUAGACUUUAGCGCAAAGCAAUAUUCUAGCGAAUCGAAAGUCGAGUCCUCACCAACGUCGUUGUCCUUUUUCGCGCUUGUACUUAGUAUUUUCAUCAAACGCACCCAUCAUUACAUCCAUCAAUUCCUCCUCGACGCUGUGAUAACAAAGUUAGCGGUCUUAAUGAAUGACUUUCGGUUAAAAUUACUUAAAAAGCCAACAAAAACGACAACAACAACAACAACAAGAUCAACCACAAAUGUUAUAAUUGAACAAAUAAUAGCAUUAAUCGAAAUAACAACAACAAAAGUGCUCAAAGCUAUUAGAACAGUGUUUGUAGAGAGUAAGCAACAAUACAAAAACAAUAAAAACAACCCAUUAACAAUAUUAAAAAUCUUGCCAGCAUCAACAAAAACAACAUCAAAAUCCAAAUCAAAAUCAGCAUCAACAUCAACUAAAACAAAAGCCACAACGAAUCAAAUCAAACCGAACCCAAACACAAGCAAAACCAUCACCAACACUAACACCAACACCAGCGAGGCUCCAUCCGCAACUCCAAUAUUACCACCAAUCGUAAGCAAAAACAACAUCACGGUGGCCGCCCUUGUUACAUUACGUCUAUUCAAUAAUAAUUCCUUCUCGUCGAACAAUCAUCGUACUUACAAUAACAGCAGCAAAUCGAAUAAAGUAUUUCUACACUAUACACCACGUGAUCCGCGUUUAAGAAUCGUCAAUAGCAAUCAAGAAAUUUUAUUUAAUAAACACCAUUUCGAUAGUGUUAGUGAAUUGAAAAUAACUGAAGAUUUAUGCGCUUAUGGUGAAUUGAUUGGAGGCUCCUUCUCAACGCCAGCGCCAUUCAAAGGCAUUCGUGCUAAUUUAGUGUACUGUGAUUGUAAUAAAAGAAAUUGUUGUUGUAAUCGACAAAAUAAUACAAAUUCUAAUUGUAUCAGUAAUAAUAGCGAAAGUGUAAGUGAAAGCCUUGAAAACAAUUUCAUUGGAAGUGAAUUGUCGCGUAAAAAAGAGAUUGUUGAGGCUAAAUAUUUUCCCGUACUGGAAGAGGAGCGCAGAGAAGCGUUGUUACAGAUCUCGGAGGCGAAAUUCUUGAAAGACUUGCAGCUUGGAUUCAUAUACUUAAAAGCAGCUAUAACUACAGUUGGUUUUCUGCUGUGAGCGCACAUCCGCACCUAUUGUGGACGCGUGCAGUCGUAAAAAGCGACGCCAGGCUCCGUUGUCACCACUGCAGCUGCGGCUUCAGACCCAGCGAGUUUUAUGGUGCUUCAAUUAUUUUGUAUCAGAAAAAAAUAAGAACGGUGCAGACGUUAUAGCCACGUUUGAAAAACGUGGUAAGCUUUGAAACUCCUACAUAAAAAUCUUCGUACAUACAUACAUACCUACGAAAAAAAUAAGGAGCAUUUUAUAAGUGUGAACUCGAGAACGUCAAAUUGACGAAGAGCCGCUCACAGAGCUCUGGCAUACGCUACGCCCAUUAAACGUAGCAAAAGCAAAGGCUAAGUAGUGGAAAACAAAAGAAAAAGAGAAAAUUCAAUAACAAAUAAGGCCGAGUACAAUAAACGAAACUUUGCUGAAAUCCAUUGUGUUCAAGAAGAAAUCAGGCUAAAACUAAAAAAA